AUGGCAGAACCACCACACAAACGCGCACGCCGUCCAGACAGCAAGCAAAUGUGGGACGAAGCGGACCGCCGCGCCCUCCUGCCCUCGCGCGAGCGAGACGAGCCCCGACGCGAACGACGCGACGAUAGAGAUCGAGAUCGGAACCGUAGAUAUCGCAGUCGAUCACCACGCGAUUCUAGAGGUGGGGAUAGAGAUCGGGAUCGGAGGAGAGAUGAUAGGGAUGCGCGAGGUUCGGGGAGGGGGCGUGAUAAUAGGGAUAUGAAUGGUAGGAGAGAGGAUGAUAGGGAUAGGGCGAGGGAUAAAGAUAGAGGUAAGCUUUUCCAGCAGGCAGUGUUUUCUGGCGAUUUAGUGUUUCGACAGAGAUCUAAUGGUAUUUCUCAAGAUGGGGGACGGGAGAAGCCGCGGUUGAGAUCGAGGGAGAGGGAACGGGAUUCUGGGAGACGGGUUACGAGGAGUCGGAGUCCGAGACGAGAGAGAGAUCGAGAUGAGAGGAUAGAUGGGGCAAAGGAGAAACAUGCUGAACAUGAGGUGGAGAAAGAAAAGGAGGAUACGACGGCGUUGAAGGUCGACGACGAGCCUCUGAAAAGAAGGACAGCGACACCUCCAGUCAGCUUUAAAGUUGGCACAGUACCGGCCGCACAAGAUCACGACCGAAUGGAUGUAGAUCCUGGACAGAAAAGCAAGGGCAAAGGAAAGAAAGGGAAGGGCAAGAAGAAGAGUGUGGAAGACGACGAUGACGAGCUUGUUGUUGAGGAUUCUGGUAUGGCUGCUAUGCAGGCUAUGAUGGGCUUUGGCGGGUUUGGCACUACGCAGAAUCAAAAGGUUGCUGGGAAUGAUAUAUCGGCGGUCAGGAAGGAGAAGAAGACGGAGUAUAGGCAGUAUAUGAAUCGGGUUGGAGGAUUUAAUAGGCCUUUGUCCCCGUCGAGAGAGACAUAG